AUGAGCGAGAUGUCCAGCUUCCUCCACAUCGGGGACAUCGUCUCCCUGUACGCCGAGGGCUCCGUCAAUGGCUUCAUCAGCACUCUGGGGUUGGUGGAUGACCGCUGUGUGGUGGAGCCCGCGGCUGGCGACCUGGACAACCCGCCUAAGAAGUUCCGAGACUGCCUCUUCAAGGUGUGUCCCAUGAACCGCUACUCGGCCCAGAAGCAGUACUGGAAGGCCAAGCAGACCAAACAGGACAAGGAGAAGAUCGCUGAUGUGGUGCUGCUGCAGAAGUUACAGCACGCGGCCCAGAUGGAGCAGAAGCAGAACGACACGGAGAACAAGAAGGUGCACGGGGACGUCGUGAAGUACGGCAGUGUCAUCCAGCUCCUGCACAUGAAGAGUAACAAGUACCUGACCGUCAACAAGCGGCUGCCGGCCCUGCUGGAGAAGAACGCCAUGCGGGUGACGCUGGAUGCCACGGGCAACGAGGGCUCCUGGCUCUUCAUCCAGCCCUUCUGGAAGCUGCGGAGCAACGGGGACAAUGUGGUUGUGGGGGACAAGGUGAUCCUGAAUCCCGUCAACGCCGGGCAGCCUCUGCACGCCAGCAAUUACGAGCUCAGCGACAAUGCCGGCUGCAAGGAGGUCAACUCCGUGAACUGCAACACCAGCUGGAAGAUCAACCUGUUCAUGCAGUUUCGAGACCACCUGGAGGAGGUGCUGAAAGGGGGAGACGUGGUGCGGCUGUUCCACGCGGAGCAGGAGAAGUUCCUGACGUGCGACGAGUACAAGGGCAAGCUGCAGGUGUUCCUGCGCACUACGCUGCGCCAGUCCGCCACCUCGGCCACCAGCUCCAACGCCCUCUGGGAGGUGGAGGUGGUCCACCACGACCCGUGCCGUGGAGGAGCUGGCCACUGGAAUGGCCUCUACCGCUUCAAGCACCUGGCCACCGGCAACUACCUGGCUGCGGAGGAGAACCCCAGCUACAAGGGUGACGCCUCUGAUCCCAAGGCAGCAGGCAUGGGCGUGCAGGGCCGCGCAGGUCGCCGGAAUGCUGGGGAGAAGAUCAAGUACCGCCUGGUGGCUGUGCCCCAUGGCAACGACAUCGCGUCCCUCUUCGAGCUGGACCCCACCACGCUUCAGAAGACUGACUCCUUUGNGGGCUGGGGGCCAGGCUGGGAGCUGGGGGGCUGGGCUGGAGUCCAGGUUGGUCCCUGGAGGCCCUGCUGACCUAUGUUCCUGCAGCUGGGUACAUGCCCCACCAAGGAGGACAAGGAGGCCUUCGCCAUCGUGUCGGUUCCCGUGUCUGAGAUCCGAGACCUGGACUUUGCCAACGAUGCCAGCUCCAUGCUGGCUAGCGCCGUGGAGAAGCUGCAUGAGGGUUUCAUCAGCCAGAAUGACCGCAGGUUUGUCAUCCAGCUGCUGGAGGACCUGGUGUUUUUCGUCAGUGAUGUCCCCAACAAUGGGCAGAACGUGCUGGACAUCAUGGUCACCAAGCCCAACCGCGAGCGGCAGAAGCUGAUGCGCGAGCAGAACAUCCUCAAACAGAUCUUCGGCAUUCUGAAGGCCCCGUUCCGCGACAAGGGGGGCGAGGGCCCCCUGGUGCGGCUGGAGGAGCUGUCGGACCAGAAGAACGCGCCCUACCAGCACAUGUUCCGCCUGUGCUACCGCGUGCUGCGCCAUUCCCAGGAGGACUACCGCAAGAACCAGGAGCACAUCGCCAAGCAGUUCGGGAUGAUGCAGUCCCAGAUUGGCUAUGACAUCCUGGCUGAAGACACCAUCACUGCCCUGCUGCACAACAACCGCAAGCUCCUGGAGAAGCACAUCACCAAAACAGAGGUGGAGACCUUUGUCAGCCUGGUGCGGAAGAACCGGGAGCCCAGGUUCCUGGACUACCUGUCUGACCUGUGUGUGUCCAAUCACAUCGCCAUCCCCGUCACCCAGGAGCUCAUCUGCAAGUGUGUGCUGGACCCCAAGAACAGCGACAUUCUCAUCCAGACCGAGCUUCGGCCCGUGAAGGAGAUGGCGCAGUCCCAUGAGUACCUAAGCAUCGAGUACUCAGAAGAGGAAGUGUGGCUCACAUGGACCGACAAGAACAACGAGCACCACGAGAAGAGCGUCCGGCAGCUGGCUCAGGAGGCGCGGGCUGGCAACGCCCACGACGAGAACGUGCUCAGCUAUUACAGGUACCAGCUGAAGCUCUUCGCCCGCAUGUGCCUGGACCGGCAGUACCUGGCUAUCGACGAGAUCUCCCAGCAGCUGGGCGUCGACCUCAUCUUCCUGUGCAUGGCGGACGAGAUGCUGCCCUUUGACCUGCGUGCCUCCUUCUGCCACCUGAUGCUCCACGUACACGUGGACCGCGACCCCCAGGAGCUGGUCACGCCUGUCAAGUUCGCCCGCCUAUGGACCGAGAUCCCCACGGCCAUCACCAUCAAGGACUACGAUUCCAACCUCAACGCCUCCCGAGACGACAAGAAGAACAAGUUUGCCAGCACCAUGGAGUUCGUGGAGGACUACCUCAACAAUGUGGUCAGCGAGGCCGUGCCCUUUGCCAACGAGGAGAAGAACAAGCUCACCUUCGAGGUGGUCAGCCUGGCGCACAACCUCAUCUACUUUGGCUUCUACAGCUUCAGCGAGCUGCUGCGGCUCACGCGCACUCUGCUGGGCAUCAUCGACUGCGUGCAGGGCCCCACGGCCAUGCUGCAGGCCUACGAGGACCCAGGCGGCAAGAACGUGCGGCGGUCCAUCCAGGGCGUGGGGCACAUGAUGUCCACCAUGGUGCUGAACCGCAAGCAGUCUGUCUUUGGUGGCCCCAGCUUGCCUGCCAGCGCCGGUGCCCCCGAGCCACUGGACAGGAGCAGGUUUGAGGAGAAUGAAGACAUCGUGGUGAUGGAGACCAAGCUGAAGAUCCUGGAGAUCCUGCAGUUCAUCCUCAAUGUCCGCCUGGAUUACCGCAUCUCCUACCUGCUGUCCGUCUUCAAGAAGGAGUUUGUGGAGGUGUUUCCCAUGCAGGACAGUGGGGCCGAUGGCACGGCCCCUGCCUUCGACUCCACCACCGCCAACAUGAACCUGGACCGCAUUGGGGAGCAGGCAGAGGCCAUGUUUGGAGUGGGGAAGACCAGCAGCAUGCUGGAGGUGGAUGACGAGGGCGGCCGCAUGCUGCUGCGCGUGCUUAUCCACCUCACCAUGCAUGACUACGCCCCGCUGGUCUCGGGGGCCCUGCAGCUGCUCUUCAAGCACUUCAGCCAGCGCCAGGAGGCCAUGCACACCUUCAAGCAGGUGCAGCUGCUGAUCUCGGCCCAGGACGUGGAGAACUACAAGGUGAUCAAGUCUGAGCUGGACCGACUGCGGACCAUGGUGGAGAAGUCGGAGCUGUGGGUGGACAAGAAGGGCAGCGGCAAGGGCGAGGAGGUGGAGGCCGGCUCCGCUAAAGACAAGAAGGAGCGACCCACAGACGAGGAGGGCUUUCUGCACCCGCCUGGGGAGAAGAGCAGUGAGAACUAUCAGAUCGUCAAGGGCAUCCUGGAGCGGCUGAACAAGAUGUGUGGCGUGGGGGAACAGAUGAGGAAGAAACAGCAGCGGCUGCUCAAGAACAUGGACGCCCACAAGGUCAUGCUGGACCUGCUGCAGAUCCCCUACGACAAGGGCGAUGCCAAGAUGAUGGAGAUCCUGCGCUACACACACCAGUUCCUGCAGAAGUUCUGUGCGGGGAAUCCCGGCAACCAGGCCCUGCUGCACAAGCACCUGCACCUCUUCCUCACACCGGGGUUGCUGGAGGCGGAGACCAUGCAGCACAUCUUCCUGAACAACUACCAGCUCUGCUCCGAGAUCGGGGAGCCCGUCCUGCAGCACUUCGUGCACCUGCUGGCCACGCACGGGCGCCACGUGCAGUACCUGGACUUCCUGCACACCGUCAUCAAGGCCGAGGGCAAGUACGUCAAGAAGUGCCAGGACAUGAUCAUGACCGAGCUGACUAACGCAGGCGACGACGUGGUUGUGUUCUACAAUGACAAGGCCUCGCUGGCCCACCUGCUGGACAUGAUGAAGGCUGCCCGGGACGGCGUGGAGGACCACAGCCCCCUCAUGUACCACAUCUCCCUGGUGGACCUGCUGGCUGCCUGUGCCGAGGGCAAGAAUGUCUACACUGAGAUCAAGUGUACGUCCCUGCUGCCCCUGGAGGAUGUGGUGUCUGUGGUGACACACGAGGACUGCAUCACCGAGGUGAAAAUAGCCUAUGUGAAUUUCGUGAACCACUGCUACGUGGACACAGAGGUAGAGAUGAAGGAGAUCUACACCAGCAACCACAUCUGGACCCUCUUUGAGAACUUCACCCUGGACAUGGCUCGGGUUUGCAGUAAGCGUGAGAAGCGCCUGACCGAUCCCACCCUGGAGAAAUACGUGCUGACUGUCGUGCUGGACACCAUCAAUGCCUUCUUCAGCUCCCCGUUCUCUGAGAAUAGCACCUCCCUGCAGACGCACCAGACGAUUGUGGUGCAGCUGCUGCAGUCCACUAUGCGGCUGCUCGAGUGUCCGUGGCUGCAGCAGCAGCACAAGGGCUCCGUGGAGGCCUGCAUCCGGACCCUCGCCAUGGUGGCCAAGGGCCGGGCCAUCUCGCUGCCCAUGGACUUGGACGCCCACAUCAGCUCGCUGCUCAGCAGUGGUGCCAGCUGUGUGGCUGCCGCCCAGAGGAAUGCCUCCAACUACAAGACGGCCACGCGGGCCUUCCCCCGCGUCAUGCCCACCGCCAACCAGUGGGACUACAAGAACAUCAUCGAGAAGCUGCAGGACAUCAUCACUGCCCUGGAGGAGCGGCUGAGGCCCCUGGUGCAGGCCGAGCUGUCCGUGCUGGUGGAUGUCCUGCACUGGCCUGAGCUGCUCUUCCUGGAGGGCAGUGAGGCCUACCAGCGCUGCGAGAGUGGGGGCUUCCUGUCCAAGCUGAUCCAGCACACCAAGGACCUCAUGGAGUCGGAGGAGAAGCUGUGCGUCAAGGUGCUAAGGACGCUGCAGCAGAUGCUGUUGAAGAAGACCAAGUAUGGGGACCGGGGCAACCAGCUGCGCAAGAUGCUGCUGCAGAAUUACCUCCAGAACCGGAAGUCCAGCACAAGGGGGGACCUCCCGGACCCCAUGGGCGCCGGCCUGGACCAGGACUGGUCAGCGAUCGCAGCCACCCAGUGCCGGCUGGACAAGGAGGGGGCCACCAAGCUGGUGUGUGACCUCAUUACCAGCACCAAGAACGAGAAGAUCUUCCAGGAGAGCAUCGGCCUGGCCAUCCGCCUGCUGGAUGGCGGCAACACCGAGAUCCAGAAAUCCUUCUACAACCUGAUGACGAGCGACAAGAAGUCAGAGCGCUUCUUCAAGGUGCUGCACGACCGCAUGAAGCGGGCCCAGCAGGAGACCAAAUCCACGGUGGCCGUCAACAUGAGCGACCUGGGCAGCCAGCCCCGUGAGGACCGCGAGCAGGCAGACCCCACCUCCAAAGGCCGCGUGGCCUCCUUCUCGAUGCCCAGCUCCUCAUCCCGCUAUGCGUUGGGCCCCAGCCUGCUCCGGGGCCACGAGGUGGGCGAACGCGUGCAGAGUAACGAGAUGGGCACAUCUGUGCUCAUCAUGCAGCCCAUACUGCGUUUUCUGCAGCUGCUGUGCGAGAACCACAACCGGGACCUGCAGAACUUCCUGCGCUGCCAGAACAAUAAGACAAACUACAACCUGGUGUGCGAGACGCUGCAGUUCCUGGACAUCAUGUGCGGCAGCACCACGGGCGGCCUGGGGCUCCUGGGGCUCUACAUCAACGAGGACAACGUGGGCCUCGUCAUCCAGACCCUGGAGACCCUCACUGAGUACUGCCAGGGCCCCUGCCACGAGAACCAGACCUGCAUCGUGACGCACGAGUCCAAUGGCAUAGACAUCAUCACCGCGCUGAUUCUCAAUGACAUCAGCCCCCUAUGCAAGUACCGUAUGGACCUGGUGCUGCAACUCAAGGACAAUGCCUCCAAGCUGCUCCUGGCUCUGAUGGAGAGCCGGCACGACAGUGAAAACGCUGAGCGCAUCCUCAUCAGCCUGCGGCCCCAGGAGCUGGUGGACGUCAUCAAGAAGGCCUACCUGCAGGAAGAGGAGCGUGAGAACUCAGAUGUGAGCCCCCGUGAAGUGGGCCACAACAUCUACAUCCUGGCGCUGCAGCUCUCCAGGCACAACAAGCAGCUGCAGCACCUGCUGAAGCCUGUGAAGCGCAUCCAAGAGGAGGAGGCCGAGGGCAUCUCUUCCAUGCUCAGCCUCAACAACAAGCAGCUGUCACAGAUGCUCAAGUCCUCAGCCCCGGUGCAGGAGCAGGAGGAGGACCCGCUGGCCUACUAUGAGAACCACACAUCCCAGAUAGAGAUCGUGCGGCAGGACCGCAGCAUGGAGCAGAUCGUGUUCCCCGUGCCCGGCAUCUGCCAGUUCCUGACGGAGGAGACCAAGCACCGGCUCUUCACCACGACCGAGCAGGAUGAGCAGGGCAGCAAAGUGAGCGACUUCUUCGACCAGUCCUCCUUUCUGCACAACGAGAUGGAGUGGCAGCGCAAGCUCCGCAGCAUGCCACUCAUCUACUGGUUCUCCCGCCGCAUGACCCUCUGGGGCAGCAUCUCCUUCAACCUGGCAGUUUUUAUCAACAUCAUUAUUGCCUUUUUCUACCCCUAUGUGGAGGGUGCAUCCACAGGAGUGCUGGGCUCCCCACUCAUCUCGCUGCUCUUCUGGAUCCUCAUCUGCUUCUCCAUCGCGGCCCUGUUCACCAAGCGCUACAGCAUCCGCCCCCUCAUCGUGGCACUCAUCCUGCGCUCCAUCUACUACCUGGGCAUUGGGCCCACGCUCAACAUCCUGGGUGCCCUUAACCUGACCAACAAGAUCGUGUUCGUGGUGAGCUUCGUGGGCAACCGUGGCACCUUCAUCCGGGGCUACAAGGCCAUGGUCAUGGACAUGGAAUUCCUGUACCACGUGGGCUACAUCCUGACGAGUGUCUUGGGCCUCUUCGCCCAUGAGCUCUUCUACAGCAUCCUGCUCUUUGACCUCAUCUACCGCGAAGAGACACUGUUCAACGUCAUCAAGAGUGUGACCCGCAACGGCCGCUCCAUCCUGCUGACUGCCCUGCUGGCCCUCAUCCUGGUCUACCUCUUCUCCAUCGUCGGCUUCCUCUUCCUCAAGGAUGACUUCAUCCUCGAGGUGGACCGGCUGCCCAGCAACCACUCCAGAGACAACCCUCUGGGGAUGCCACAUGGAGCUGCCACAUUUGUGAACACGUGCAGUGGGGACAACGUGGAGUGUGUCUCAGGCGUCUCCGUGCCUGAGGUCCUGGCAGAGGACGAGGAGCCGGACAGCACGGAGCGGGCCUGUGACACCCUGCUCAUGUGCAUCGUCACCGUCAUGAACCACGGCCUGCGCAAUGGCGGUGGCGUGGGGGACAUCCUGCGCAAGCCCUCCAAAGACGAGUCUCUCUUCCCCGCCCGAGUGGUCUACGACCUCCUGUUCUUCUUCAUCGUCAUCAUCAUAGUGCUGAACCUCAUCUUUGGGGUGAUCAUCGACACCUUUGCUGACUUGCGCAGCGAGAAGCAGAAGAAGGAAGAGAUUCUCAAGACCACGUGCUUCAUCUGCGGUCUGGAGAGGGACAAGUUUGACAACAAGACCGUGUCGUUUGAGGAGCACAUCAAGUUUGAGCACAACAUGUGGAACUAUCUGUACUUCAUCGUGCUGGUCCGAGUGAAGAACAAGACCGACUACACGGGCCCGGAGAGCUACGUGGCCCAGAUGAUCAAGAACAAGAACCUGGACUGGUUCCCCCGGAUGCGGGCCAUGUCCCUGGUGAGCAGUGAGGGGGAGGGGGAGCAGAACGAGAUCCGCAUCCUCCAGGACAAGCUCAGCGCCACCAUGAAGCUGGUGUCCCACCUCACCGCCCAGCUCAGUGAGCUCAAGGAGCAGAUGACGGAGCAGAGGAAACGCAGGCAACGCCUGGGCUUCGUGGAUGUGCAGAACUGCAUGAGCCGCUGAGCCGCCGCAGGAGGCCCGCCGGCCGCAUGGACACUGGCCACCCCUUCAGGCUAGGCGCCCACCCAGCCGCCAGAACCCAUUUGGCCAGACCCCCCAGGCCAGCCUGGAGGGGAAGCUACAGAGCGGACAGCCCUGCCCAGACCGAGCCCCUAGAAGACUCAAACUCGCUGGGCCUCGCUCACCUUAGUGCCUUAGAGGAAGUCUGUCCUCGCACAGGACUGUUGCUUGGUCCCUUAAAGCAGUAACUGACAUCGCUUCGUAUUCCUCCUGGUGGGUGAUCAGGAGUGGGGUCUCCUCUGUACUCCAGGCACUACGUUUUGGUCACUGCCGCCUCUGGGGGGUCGCAGUGAUGCUCUUGCUAGUGAUUUUAGGGCUUUGUUAUUUAACUUAUUCAUGGUGCCUGCUCAGCCCUGCCCCGGGCUGCGCCCCUCCCCCGGGCCCCAGACCUGCUGUAGACCGUGUAGACCUCAGUGUCCGAGGCCGGGCCAGCGUUGCUGGCAGCCCUGGGAGGACGGGAGACCGCAGCAAGGAGCCUUGCUCCUCCUGGGGGCAGGCACACGCCCAGGGGAUGGGCUGGAGCGUGUCAGGAGGGGCUGGUUUUCACUGCCUGUUUGCUCCUUUUGGUGUAAUGUUUUACAAAUCCUUUGGCCCGAGAACUAAUAUGUUAAUUGCCUUAAAUAAAUUAAUAAACCUAGUCCAUUAGAAAAGGA